GAUUCAAGGCCUCAGCCUCAAGCGAGACAAGCUCCAGCGCGUUGUGAACGAAGUGAAUCCGCCGGUUUUGGAUGUUUCGGACGGACUAAAGACCUAUUGUGAGCAGAAGCUCGACCAUUUUGAUCCUGCGAACACGAAAACCUGGUGUCAGCGUUACACAACCAACAGGACGUACUUCAAAGCAGGCGGGCCGGUCUUUGUUUGCAUUGAUGGCGAGGACUAUCCUUGGGGAGGAACACGCAAGCCUUACACCCUCAUGUGCAACAACAUGAUGGAGCUUGCCAAGGAGUUCCACGCUAUGGGCAUGGCAGUGGAGCAUCGUUAUUACGGAGGUGCAGCCUUUGAUGGGGUGCCAGACUUCUCAGCAGAGAAUCUCAAGUACCACUCCUCUCGGCAGGCCCUGGCGGACCUGGCAGCCAUCCACGACUUCAUUGUAGCCACUCCUUCCUUCGAGGCUAAGGGCGUGCCCUGGGUGGUCUUCGGCGGAUCCUACCCUGGGUCCUUGUCUGCCUGGGCGGCGGCCGGGUGUUGGGCUUUCAGUCUGGUUGCGGUCUAG